AUUGAUACCCUUGUCAUUUGUUUUCAAUCAAUUUGAUGAAAGAGAGAAGAAAGUGACGUAUCCCUUUAUUCUCUUCAUUAUCUUUUGACAAAUUAUGGUUUUGUGCAUGAGAUAGUCCUGCCUGCUGGUGACUAUUCCUUUGCUAAGAAUAACAAGGUAUGUACAAAGUAACCUUGAUCAACUGUGCUCGGAAGGUGGCCUCUCUUCUUAAUCUGAGAGUAGCAUUGAAUGUGAAGGCAACAGCACUGUCCGUUACGUCGUAAAGCUGUAUACUUCUUUCAUCUUAUUGCUAGAUGCUUUUAUAUUUCAAUACAUGAUUAUACAUCAGGAUACAGGUUGGUAUUUUGAUAUUAACUUUACCAGGAAAAAAAAAACAAUUGAGGUUGUUAUACUUGAUUGAUAUCUAUACUGCAUAAGGUAAACUAUACUGACCUCUGAUGGGGUUAAGUGAAGUACGUACGCUACGUACCUCCUUGCAUUGCGAGAACUUACCUUGACCUUCCUUAUCUACUAGGUGCUAGAAGUUCUCAGCUAAACUGAUCUAAUGGUAGGUGCCAAGGUGGUUUGGCAUUGGAGGUAGAAGUUUAAUUUUCUGAUGAUUUUCACCUUAAUCUAUUGGAGGUUAGUAUAGUUGCCAAUAUUAUUACCGUACAAAAGAAGGAUUUUCUCACAAAGAGAAGAUAAUUGUAAAUGAACACCACAAUCAUUUAUUUCAAAGCAAUCUCUGUUAUUAUCAUUCUGCUUUCUUGUUAAUAUUGUUCUCUGAUUAGUACUUGAAUUCAUAUAUUUUAAUCUGACAGGGUCCUCAAGAGUCAAGACUCAAGAGGUUUAGUCUACCUGGCACGCUUCCACCUCAACUGGUGAAACUACAUUACCUUAGAGAAAUUGAUUUGGUUUACAAUUAUCUUAGUGGUACAAUACCAGCAGAAUGGGGUUCAAUGCAGUUAACUUCAAUGUGAGCUCUCUCAAUGUUUUUGAUCAUACAUUACCAAUUAAUUAGAAGGCCUGUGCAGCUCUCUUGUUGUAAAUCGCUUAUCAGGGGAGAUUCCAGUGGAGCUGGCAAAUAUUACCACUCUCAGAUACCUAUAUGGUGAAGAGAAAUACAUGGGAGUGGGCUUCGUGGACCUAUCCCGUGUAUCAUAUCUCUCCUGAGUAAUUUAGAACAGUUGAGGAUUAGUGAUAUAAAUGGAACAGAGCAGGAUUUUCCUAUGUUGAAAAACAUGACUGGCCUAGUCAAAUUGAUACUGAGAAACUGUAACAUUUCUGGAGAGAUCCCUCCUUACCUAUGGACACUGCAGAAACUGGAAAUGCUGGAUCUGAGUUUUAACAAGUUGAUAGGAGAAAUUCCAACAACAAUCAGCUUAAAGCGUUUGAGAUUCCUAUUCUUAACUGGCAACUCUCUGAGAGGAAGUGUACCAGACUCAAUCUUCAUAGAUGGAAGCAAUGUGUUGAGGACUAGCAAAAGAAAAAUCAAAAGGCCAAUAAAGUACAUUAACUACCGGGAUUAUACACGUGGAGAUAUGUAGGAUGCUAUUGAUAGCGUAUCAAAGGCUUCUCAAAGUAAGAUAUCAAAGGCAUUUUUGCAGCAGCCCCCUAUUCAGGAACUAAUUGGAAGGGAUCUUCAUGAUAUAUAAUGAAUGGAAAUUCAGACAUAUUUCGUGGAGGCUUGCAACAACACUAGAGUAAUUGGUACAUGAAGUAGAUCGAGGAAGAUCCCUGCAAAGUUCAUCUUGAAGUAGCUAGAGGAAAAUAACUAACUUGUAAAGCUUAAUUAUCGAUCUUGUAAAUUUUGGUAGAAGCUUCAUUCAUUUUGUAACAUUUAUGAGGAAAAUUAAAGUGUAACAUUUCCUUUUAUAUAAGCUUCAUUCCUUUUUG